GCUUACACCCCCGGUGUCACAGCAACAUUCCAGGAAGAAUCAGAAAACAAAUAGCGAAAGAUCGAAUACGAAAAUGGAGCAGGACGAACACCGAAAGGGCCCGUGGACGGAGCAAGAGGACAUGAUUCUGAUCAACUUCGUGCACUUGUUCGGAGAUCGAAGAUGGGAUUAUAUAGCGAAAGUUUCAGGUUUGAAGGUGUGGCGGGAGACAACCGAUAGGUAGGAUUAUCUGGAAGAUUGGUAGGUUUUGGAAUGAGCCCUGGUUUAACCACAUGAUUUUGUUGUAGGUUUGAACCGAACGGGAAAGAGUUGCAGGUUACGUUGGGUUAAUUACCUUCACCCUGGUCUUAAAAGAGGCAAGAUGACACCCCAAGAAGAGCGCCUUGUCCUUGAACUUCAUGCCAAAUGGGGAAAUAGGUGGUCUAGAAUUGCUCGGAAAUUACCGGGGCGCACCGACAACGAGAUCAAGAACUACUGGAGAACUCACAUGAGGAAAAAGGCUCAAGAAAAGAAAAAGGCUAUGUCACUGUCACCAUUGUCAAGCACCAGAGAGGUAAGUUUUUACGACACCGGAGGACCAAACAUGGCAGCUUCAGAAGGGGAAAAAAGUAUGGAAUUAGAAGACGAAAAGGGGUAUUCCAUGGAUGACAUAUGGAAGGAUAUUGAUAUGUCUGAAGAAAAUAUGAUAAAACCUUUGACUGCAAACUAUACUGAUCUAGAAGGUUGCAAUAUUUUUUGUCCUUCAUUGGAGAACGACUAUUCCUGGGACUCACUGUGGAAGAUGGACGAAGAUGAGAGUAAGAAGUUCCUCCCUUUUAAUCAAUCAAUCUCUUACUUUGAAUACGGGACAUCGUAUUUAACCAGCUAGUUAGAAUUCAUUUAUUUAUUCAUAUAUAUGUAUAUAUAUAUCAUAUAUGUAACAUUACUUGUCCCAUAGGGGAACUCUUUAACAUCUGGGGUUUUCACAUCUCAUCUUGCUGCAUAUCA